GGGGCGCAUGCGCGGGAAGGCGCGGCGGCGGCAGCGAGCGCGGCACCUCAGCCCCGGGGACCACCCCAGUUACCCCCGCAGCUCCCCUCGCGCCUCGCCCGUCCGCCUUGGGCCCCGAGCUCCCCUCGGAUCUUCCCUCAGGCCCCGCGCCUCGCCCCGGAUCUCCCUCAGCCCGGGAUCUCCCCUCAGCCCGCGCUGUGUCGGAGCAGGGCGUCUCCAGCACCGCCGUGGGGGUCAUGAAGUGUUAAGUGGCCCCGUCAGGGCAGCCCCCCAGCUGCUGUUGGGCCUCCGAGGGCAACCUGCGCUGCGGCAGGCCUGGCCUGGGUUGGGGGAGCUGGAAGGAUGGGGCUGGUGUGAGCUGGGGCCUGUCUGCCGUCCCAUCCCUUGGGCUCGCUGGAGACUCUGAACGGGGUGUUUGGUCUCUGUCUCAGUGCAGAUGCCAUGAGGAUUAACCAGAACACCGUGCUGCAAGGACAGAGGGUGACCCUGGUGCCGUACACGUCUGCACAUGUGCCCCGGUACCACGAGUGGAUGCAGUCGGAGGAGCUGCAGCGCCUGACGGCCUCUGAACCACUCAGCCUGGAGCAAGAGUACGAGAUGCAGCGCAGCUGGCGGGAUGAUGCAGACAAGUGCACCUUCAUUGUGCUGGACAGGGAGCAGUGGGCCGGGCUGGACCAGGACUGCAUGGUGGGAGAUGUCAACCUCUUCCUCACCAACCCUGAGGAUCCCACUUUGGGCGAGAUCGAAAUCAUGAUUGCAGAGCCCAGCUACCGAGGCAGAGGGUUUGGCAAGGAGGCAACUCUGAUGAUGAUGGCCUAUGGAAUGAAAAACCUGGGGAUCACCAAAUUUGAGGCUAAGAUUGGUCAGGAAAAUGAAGCCAGUAUCUGCAUGUUCAAAAAGCUGCAUUUUAAGGAGGUUGCUGCAAACAGCAUUUUCCAAGAGGUGACACUGAGGCUGGAUGUCAGUGAGCAGGAGAGACAGUGGCUUCUGGAACAGACAAAGCAUGUGGAAGAGAAGAGCUACAUCGAACUGAAGGUGCCUACUGGGGUGCUGGAGGCCUGACAGACACAUCCAGACACGGGUCUGGUUCCCAAGAAGGAGCUGGAUGCUGCCUCAAGGUCUGGAUGAGGAGCUCACUCCUGAGCCAAUGCUGCAUUCCACUCUUUCCAUCUGUCUUCUUCAGUUUCUUUGUCAUCUUGUCAACUUUGCACCUGAAAUUAGGUCCUGGAGAACAGCCACUAAUUCCCAGCCUUGAGUAGGAAGAACUAGAACCUUAACAAACUACUCCAGCAGAGCCUAAAAUCACCAGCAAUUAAUUGAUUGCAGUUUCUGAACAAGCAGCACCCACUCUUCCUUCUCCCUCUGCCCUUGGAGGGGGGUUCCGUGGAGGCAGUCUCUGUGCUGGUUCCUCAGGCCGGUUUGUCUUCAAUAAAACAGCCUGACACAACUCUCAGGGUUCCCCAGGAGCA